GCCGAAGAGUUCUAAACAUAAUGUACUGUUGCAUCAAACGAAAGAGAAGAAGUAAUAUUCUCACUAAUCACACCAAGUUUUAAAUAUUAAAAAAAUAAUAAAUGCACUACUGUGUGUUCUCCCAAUGUCUCGUAUCCAAGAUCUUGUGGGAUUACUGAAGUCAUUGCAACUAAUUACACAGGCAUGCACUGAAUUGAAGACUAGAAAUAUAAAAACUAUAUGGAGCAACUCGUUUAUCCGUCCUGCAGCCGACUGCAAUUUUCAAAAUGCCCAAAAAUCGAAAUCCGGAGGAGCAGGUUUCAGUUCGGGUUCCUCGGAUAUGGCUGAGAACAUUGCCAGUGUAAACACAGUUCUCCACGGGAUUAGGGUUUACGCCAGUACGACCUUGGCACAGAAAACAGAACUACCAAGUAUUCCAACAACUACAGACAUACUAGCCGAACUAACGAAACCAGCACGAACGAAAAAAGGAAAGCCUGUUAAAAAGGAAAAAGUAAUAGAAAAUACCCAAUCGAAAUCCCAUGAACGAAGAACGCAAGUAAACAUCGAGCAAUCUUGUUACAAUGGAGGAAUAAUUGAACCAAAACCGAUAAAUCUAAAGUCUCCUGAGAGAGUUUAUAAUUUAAAACUAACAGAGAGUGACAAGCAAUUGUUAAAAAAACUAGACAUGGAGCACCGAGCGAAGUUAAUCAAAGAGAAGGACCGUGAAGAAAGCAAAGAUUUAGCGAAAACAAUCCCAGCAAAGGCAAAAGACGAACAGACAAAGAAGGAAAAAGCAACAAUCAAUGUCGUUCCAAAUCCGAAAUCCAAACAAAAGUUAAGCGAAAAUGCUAAACAGAGAAAAGUUCCGUCCUCUAGAAUAGGCAGAAUGGUGUCCUUCGGAACAUUAGCUGCUGGCCUAGGUUUAGGAACUGCUACGGAAUAUGCGAAAAGAACUUUAGGAAUCGGAAACUCCACGCAAGAUCCUACAAUGCUUUUUUUAAACAAAGCUAACGUAGACAGAAUAGUCGACACGCUAUGUAAAGUGCGAGGAGCCGCUUUGAAACUGGGCCAGAUCAUGAGCAUCCAGGAUGAAAACGUAGUAAAUCCGGAACUAGCCAAAGCUCUGGAGAGAGUGAGAAAAUCGGCCGACUUCAUGCCGGAUUGGCAAUUAGAACAAGCGAUGGCGUCCGAAUUGGGCCCCAAUUGGCGAGAUAACUUCCAAGUUUUCGACUCUACUCCGUUCGCAGCGGCUUCGAUCGGUCAGGUACAUCAAGGGAAACUAAAAAAUGGCACGGAAGUUGCCAUAAAAGUACAAUAUCCUGGUGUAGCGCAAGGAAUAGAUAGCGACAUCGACAAUUUGGGGGCCAUUAUGAAAAUGUGGAAUAUAUUUCCCAAAGGAAUGUUCCUGGAUAAUCUAAUGGCCGUGGCCAAAAGGGAAUUAGCUUGGGAAGUCAAUUAUAUUAGGGAAGCAGCUUUUACGAAGAAAUUCAAGCAACUAUUGGCGUCUUAUAAUGAUUAUUAUGUACCUGAAGUUAUUGAUGAUUUAACGACCAAACAAGUAUUUACAACUGAGAUGCUGGACGGAAUUCCCGUAGAUCAAUGCUUUGAUAUGGAUAUUGAGCAUAGGCAAUUCAUCGGUGAUAAAAUAAUGGAGUUAUGCUUAUUGGAAAUAUUGAACUUCAGAUUUAUGCAAACCGAUCCGAAUUGGGCCAAUUUUCUAUAUAAUCCGAAUAAAAAACAGCUAUUAUUGUUGGAUUUUGGCGCCAGUAGAGAGUAUUCCAAAAGUUUCACUGAGCAAUAUGUUAAAAUUUUAAAGGCUGCUUGUGAUGGCGACAGAGAGACUGUACUUAACAUUUCUAAAAAUAUGGGUUUCUUGACAGGCUAUGAAAGCAAGAUAAUGGAAGACGCUCAUACCGACGCCGUUAUGAUAUUAGGUGAGAUUUUCCGCGUUGAAGGUAAAUAUGAUUUCGGAAAGCAGGAUAUGACAUCCAGAAUACAGGAAUUAGCACAAAUUAUGAUUAUGCAUAGAUUGUGUCCACCUCCUGAAGAAAUAUAUUCUUUACAUAGGAAACUGUCUGGUGUAUUUUUGCUAUGUAGCAAACUUAAAGUUUCGAUUGCUUGUAGGGAUAUUUUUUUGAAAUAUUAUAAUGAAUUUAUUCAUUGUAAAGAUUAGAAAGCUGACAUAAGACAAAACUUGAGAUAAAAUAACUAAUUUGUAUAUAGUAUUGAUUCUUAUCCUAAAAUCAAAAGUAAUCUUUGU